AUGUUCUCUAAUGCUGCUGCAUUUCCAUACUGGUUUUUUAUGAAGAUGUCCUUUAAAGCUGCAGCUUCUCUUCGAAAUGUUUUCCGUCAGCAAUUUUGGGAUGAAUUUCAUGUGUGGAUGCAUCGCGUUGGUUCCUUUCCUCAAGUCCAGGCCAACUGCUUUGACAUUGCGCGUUCGCUUCCUCAGAGGAUGCAGAAACAUCUUAGUUGUGCUUCUAAUGUGCCUAGCAAAGAAAACAUUUCUAGCGUGGCUGUUGGGAAACUUCAGCUGUUUAUUAAUUCUUCGGACAAACGUACUCGAUAUGGGUAA